AUGUCCAAUCCCAAACCCCUGGAUAUCGAACUACUCGAACCCGUUGUACAUCUUCAUGGUCGACGGGGCGAUGCUGUUAUUCGUGGCUCCAUAGGUGUCACUGUCUCUCGGCCUCAUACCCUCAAAUCCCUUGCAGUUCUAUUCGAAGGCGACGCUAAGCUAUUACAAAGCAACUACAAAGUUCAUCAACGACGCAUUGCCCAUCACCAGCUUAUUUUGUAUCCAACAACAACAACAACAUCAACAAGCCAGCAACGAUCAUUAUUGCUACAACCAGGCACCACUCGCUUUGCUUUUGAGAUGCAAUUGCCACCAGGACUUGCCGGUACUAUCCGCUGCGACCAAAUCAAUGUCGAUUAUAAUCUUGUAUCGUCAAUCCAAUACUCCCGUCGCUCGUCGAUUACCGUCAUGAAGCACCGAGUGGCCAAGCCAAUCCACUUGAUACGCCCGCCUUCGUCGUCAACGCUGAGUGUUUUGGUAAACGGCGAAAACGUCGAAUCAUCCGUGGAUUCUCAAAAGCAACAUACCAGGUGGUGCCAAUACCGUGUCACGAUCGAUCAACGGGCUGCUAUCAUGGGCCAGCUAUUACCAAUCACGUUGUCGAUCGCGCCGCAUCUUGACAGUCUAUGUCUCGAGCACGUUUAUACACAACUUGUCGAACAGCGCUGUGUGCGGGAGAAGGAGAGCGGUGAAUGGGAGACGCACAAAAGCACGCACAUGCUUUUACCGGUCCUCGAUGGCAAAUCGUGUAUGUUCACACCUGGAAAAUCAAUGGCUUUGCGAGAACCCUGGCAAGGCACAUUACUGUACCGCAUUUCGGCCGUGAUGCAAGACGACCUCGUCCGUACUUGCAAACGUGAAAGUCCGGAUUACUAUAUCAAUCACAGUAUCCUUGUGUCCUUUGUCGUCAGUUACCCGGUUCUGUGUCAGCCGAGGGAAACGCGAAGAUGCUCAAAGACUCUGGUGUUUCAGGCCGAUAUCGACUUGUUGGAUUCGCAGUGUUGUUCACCAAAAACCUCAUCUGACGAAACGUUCCAAGGUUACUGGCAGACUUUGCCGCCGUAUGAAGAAUACAGCUCGUCACCAGCAUCAACGUCGUCGUUAUUGUCGGUUCCUGAUACCAAUACAAGCCAUUUGUUGAUGAUGGGAACUCCUACAUCUACUGCCACUCCUCCGUCUGCCGUUCCUCCACCAGCAUACGACGAAAUUUGUGCUUUAUAG